AUGCACCGAAAAAUGCUCAACUUUGUGAUGGCCCCUUGGCCUUGUUCAGAGAAUGCAGUUAGUGAAGCUAUCAGCAUAAGCCUUCCUCAGUGGAAUAUGACAGACAGAUUAUUCACCAUUACUGGGAAUUAUGAGUCCUCCUCACAUGAUAUCUACAGUGUGAAUCUAAGAAAUGAUCUCUCCAAAAAGAACAUUCCGAUGCUUAGGGGCCAGUUUUUGGUUGUGAGGUGCUAUGCGCAUAUACUUAAUGCAGCUGCAAGUGAUGUCACUGCUUCAGUUCAAAGUGUCAUCUACAAAAUCCAUGAAAGUAUAAAGUUCAUAAAAUCUUGUACUAGCCAUGAGCAGCAAUUUACUGACAUUAUUCAGCAACUGCAAAUUCAAAGUAACAAGACCCUAUGUCUCGAUAUUAAAGCCCAGUGGAACACCAUCUCUCUGAUGCUGCUGGCAGCUCUGGAUUAUAAGCAGGCAUUCACCAUGCUGGAGAAAUCUAAUGAUAACUACAAUAAAUCACCAUUUGCAGUGGACUGGGAGGAAGUCGAGGUUGCUUGCAGGUAUCUCAAGAUUUUGUAUGACUCUACACAUAGCAUUAUGGCGACAGAAGAUCCAACUGCAAACAUCUUUUUCCAUGAGGCUUGGACAAUCCAGAGAGAGAUUUCAAGUGGCACAGAUCUUCAAGAUCCAAUUUCCAGUAGAAUUGCAAAAGACAUGCAUGAGAGGUUUGACAAGUACUGGAAAGAUUGUAAUGUCAUCCUGGCCAUUGCUGUUGUGAUGGAUCCUCGUUUCAAGAUGAAGAUUGUUGAGUUCAAUUACUCCAAAAUAUAUGGUCUGAAGGGUGUAAAGUAUGUCAAGGUGGUGGAUGAUGCUGUUCAUGAGCUUUACAACGAAUAUGUAAGACAGCCACUCCCGUUGACACUGUUAGCUUCAACUCUUGUACACUUAGUUGUUAGCGUGUCAAUUUCCUUUCGGUUUGUUUUCCAUUUGGGUCACGCGCACGAGGACACGGCCUGUGUGUUUCCCGUGCGCGCUAGCGGGCGUUGCGGCCUAAUCGUGGCGUCCGAGUCUUUGGGGCAUCGUGUGCCCGCGCUCCCGCCGCCGUCGUGA